CUCUCAAUCAAUGCAUUACUCUGUGCGCGUGUGCGUGUGUGUGUCAUCUGUUCACCCGCAGGCGUCAUCCACCUUCCGCAGCCGCCUGCGGGCUGUGGUCUUCGGCUUCACCUUCGCACGCACCUAAACCGCACAAACACACAUACAUGCAGUUCGACGCGUCGCAUGUCGUGUGCACGUCUUUUCUCUCACCUUUGGCUUUGGCUUUGGCUUGGGUGCGUUCUCGUGGGCCGACGAAGAGUCCGAUGAGGACGGCUCGCUGAUGUCACUCUCGCUCACAGAUGAGUCGGACGAUGAACCACCAUGACGAUCAUCCUCGUUCGUGCGCUUGGCAGGCCUGCGCUUCGGCUUGGCCUUGGCCUUGCCCCUCGCCGGCUGCACCCUCUUGGCCACACCGCGGUCCUGCAGAGGGACCUGCACACGCACACACACACACAGAGACACUGCAUGAGCGAGACACGGCGUUUGGUAUAAGAAAUCUGCUGACCAUUUCCUCAUCCGAGGAGUCCAUGAUGUCGCCCCCAUCGCUGUGGUGUCGUCCGAUGUCCUCUCUAUCUCGCUGCUGCUUCUUGAUCUUGCUGGCAGCUCGGGUGGUGGCCGCCUGGCGUUUCUUGCUCUUGUUGGCUGCGGGUGCUGCAGGUCUGGGUGGUGGGAGUAUGGCGCUGCCGAUGGGGAUGUCGUUCAUCGACUGGAUGGUGUCGAGGAGCUUCACCAGCGCUGAGGCUUGCUGCUGGAGGGUAGACGCUGUGGCCUUGGGGGCGGCUGCUGCUGCUGCUGAUCGGGUGAGGAGGGAGACACAUCAUGGAUUCAUUGUCGGUUUGUGCACUGGUUUAUUCUGCUUCUCACUUCCGUCGUCAUCUUGGUCGUCGUUUGCCCGUGCUUGCGGUCCAGCUGCCUUCUUGACGGCAUUUUUCAACGCCGUAAGCACCUGAAACAUACACCAAAGAUGGAAGAGCGGCCUCUCGUGUGAUGCCAUCCACAAAGAGGCACACACACACAGAGAUACGGACCUGUUUGUGUUGCUGUAUGAUGCUCUUGAGCAAAGCUUUGUUUGCGUGGCUCUCGAGCUUGGCUUUUGUGGUUGCGAUGAAGUCGUGAGUGACCUGGCAGCUGCUCAGCAGCUUCGCCAGCCGGUGCGCGUGCUCUGGGUGGGCCAUCAACAUCUCAAACAAGACCUUAUCCAUACCGCACUCUGACACACACACAAACACGGACGAAAAGAUAUCCACUGGAGACACACACACACACGCCGGCAGACAGCGCCUGACUGACCAUUGCAGAACUUGCUGAUGAAGGUCACGAGCCGUUCCCACUCGGAAUCGUCGAGGUCGUCCAUCGCAAGAGCAGUCGACAGCUGCGUGCACAGCACACGGACAGCCAGAGUGUGUCGAUAUGUACCGCCUCCCGCAUUCACAUUCAUUCAUACCAUUUGGUUGAGGUACACGAGCAUGACGUUGCCGCCUCUUGCCCUGCCCCCGCCCGCUGCGGCCCGUCGGCUGAGUGGAUUCUCCAUGCUGCUGGUCUUGAGCUUGGACAGAUACAGCGACAGCUGGUGCUCCGUCGCACUCCGCAGACCGCCGUGGCUGCUCACCACACCACUCACCAACUGCACCAAGCCAUGAUUGUGCACUCAUGUCGUGUCUGUGGGUGUGUGGGUGUGUGGGUGGGUGGGUGUGAGAAUGGCUUUCUGCUUACCGCACAACAGACGCCCGAGUCGAGUCGCAGGUGUCCGCUUCUGAGCAUGUGGAUGAACACCGUCAUGAGCUGGAUCUUGAGCCGCGCAGGCGUGUCAUCGGUCGACGCCAACUGGGAGAGCGAGGAAUGACAUAUAUGACCGUGUCUCACUCAACCCCCCCGGGACCCACCUCCAGCAUUGACGGCAGCAGCGUCUCGAGGACCUGCCCAUGCGACUGGCCGAUGGUGAGCACGAGCCGCACACACAUCAUCUUGACAUCCAGCAGGGCUGACGAGUCGGCCCGGCGCAUCUUGUGGCUGGGGCGGGCACACAGCAGCGAAACAAAGAGGGGCACCACACGAUCGGCGAAGUGCGAUGACGGCAGGUGCAUCAACUUGGCUGAGAAAGUGGGAAAAGAGACACAGCAGGGGAGGAGGAUGGUGUGUUAGCAUUUCUGUCCGUCCCUGUGUGCGUGACGGUACCUGUCGCGUAGAUGGCUGCGUGAAGGAUGGGCUGUGGGGGCAUCUCGGCAUUGAUGGACUGGACGACGGUCGUCAUGACACGGGCAACCAAAUCGGCAAAGUGCGACAGCGGACCUGACGGGGAAAACGAUGUCACAUCCGUGGCUUCUCUUCUUCUGCUGUCCCACUGACCUUGUUCGAUGCACUCGGCCAUGACCUUCUGCAGUGCCCUUUCUCGCAUCUGUCUGUGGUUGUCCUGUUCGAUGGUGUCCAUCUCCUGCUCGCCGUCUGCCGCCACAUCACCCUGAUCCUCGUUAUCCUCCUCACCCAACACCUCAAGGGGGCAAAGGAGACAACACACACAUGAUGUGUGUGUGGUGUUGGUGGUGCGCUUGUAAUAUUUGUCCUGUCGGCUCCUUACUGUGACGGAGCAUUUCUCGUAGUGGGCCUUGCUGGAGUGUGCGUAGAACAAUACAGACUCGCCGAUGAGGUCCAGAAGCGAGGGCAGCGAUGCACUGCACUCGCCACCACCAAGAAUGGCCUGUGCCAGGGGCAGUGGGGAGAUCCCCCCCACAUACACACAUGAACAAAAGGGAGUUUCGCUCCUACCGAGAUGUGUUGGCCGGCAUCGAUGAGCGUUUCCAUGAGUUUCUGUCUCGGCCUCUUGUAGACGAAUAGCAGUGACAGCACAUCCCUCACCGCAGCACAUGGCAACGAACCAUCGACCGCACUCAACCUGACACAUAACACAAUGUCAUCCCAUCAGCUCCCCUCUGUGUGCCCGUCUGUCAUUGGCUUACUUGUUUCGGAUCAGUGUGGGUAUGUCUUGGUUUGCGAGAAGGUGUCUCCUGCAGGAGGGCAGCAGGCUCGCCAGGACGACCACACCCGUCACACAACACCUGCACACCAGUACGCAGAUACACAACAGUACGCACCACAUCGUACACGCCUCUCUUAAGAAUAGCUUGUGGUCGUCAUAUCGUCAUCCCUUACCGCAGAGCGAACACAGAUUGCGUCUCGGUAUGCUUCAGCAACUUCACGAGUCUGUCGACCAUCUCGGCAAACACGUUCUGCAUCGCCGCCUUGUGCCGGGCUGCGCGGCGCUGCACCUGUGCACACGCACACACACACACACAAUACAGACGCAGGGCCGGAUAUACUGACACGAGGCCGCCGGCCUGUGUGUGGUUGCCUACCUCCUUUGCGAUUUCGUCCACAGAUGCGGACGCGCUGGCUUGUGUCUCGGAUGUGUUGCUGUUGGUCGUCUUCUUUCGGGUGAGGGCCUGCUGUGCGCCCGACACGAGUGAUGUGACGAGGAGAAGGGUGUGCAGGGCGACGCCGUCGUGCUCGGGCGGCUCCUGGUCGUCGGGGGACGCUGGGGCGACGCCACUCUUGAAAAGAACCUGACACUCAAGACAAGGCAGGAUGUCUUAUUAUGUGCACACGCGCGCGUGUGUGUGGUAACCCGCAGUUUGCUUCCACUGGCCUCCUCCUCUGUCUUGGCAGCCGCGUCGAGAGCCCCACCAUCAUCCUGCUGCAGAGAGGUGUGGGCAUGGAGGAUGAUGCACAGAGGGAGGUCGUGCAUGUGGGGGGGAUUAGCUCACCUGUGCGGCGAGUCGUUUGAGUGCCUCGGCCGAUGCUUUGUGUAUGACGUCUCCGGGCAGCCCUUCAUCGACUGUCGACAGCACGCGGAUCAGCAGAUCGCACGGCAGGACGCCAUGGCCGCAGCCUGUCAGCAACAACAAUACACAGAUUGGUCGCUAAUCUAUGUGCAUUCUGUGUGUCUCGUGUGUGACCGCUGUGUGGUGCGAUGUGGUCUAGGCAGAUGUGAGGGGAAUACUGACACAGGCACCAAAUUAAAGGCAGGCAGUGUGAGUGGCGAAGCGGUGGACGUCUGUGUGGAAACCGCGCAUACGAAUUCGCUGGACAGCAGAACUUCGGUGGCACUCCGGAUCCCCCUGACACACAGAGACACGGAUGUGCGUGGCACAUAGAGUGUAUGCACUCAUUGUGCUAGUGGCUUACCACUGGUUGAGUAGAGUGAUGACGCUGUCAGUGAACUGCCGCACGUUGCUCCACUUGGGCAGCAGACCGCUCAUCAACAGCUGACCACACACACAUCCAUGAGACACACAUGACUUAUGGCAUCGGAUCGGUGCGCCCACUUUGACGAUGCGCCGCAGUGAGGGAGAUCCGAACAGCUCGCCGAUGAAGAAAUCCAGCCCCAACUCACACGACAGCACACCUGCAUUGAGGGCACACCCACACACGCAUGGAUGGAUUUCCCUCUGUCUGAGGGUGUUGUGUCCCACUUGCGAAUCCUUCAGAUGCCUGGAAGACCGCCAGCAGCUCCUGCUCGACGCCCUUGAGCAGCGUGACGUCCUCGGGGGCCGCUGCGACGGACUUGAGAAGCGACAAGAACCACAUGUUACCCAAACUCGACAACUGCAUAUGCACACACACAUAUGCACAUCGACAAGCGUCUUCAUGACGGCCGCUCUCCCCGCUGCCCUUACCCUUUGUGUGUCCUCCUCUGCCCAUCCUUGCUGCCCAUUGUCGAUGGAGUGUAUGGCGAUGAUGGUCUUGCGACACGCAGUCAGGGCGGUCAUUUUGGCCUUCUUGGAAGUGUCGGCGCAGCCCCGCUCCAGCAGGGCCGACAGCAUGUCGAGCACUGCCGAUGGGGGCAGGUGGUGGACGACUGGCUCGAUGGCUGAUGAGAGUGUGGUGAAUGCCUUGCUGCGGGUGAGGGCGUCGCCGUCGCAGCACAGCAACUCAACAAACGACUGAGGCAGAACAAGGAGGGAGGGAGGGAGGGAGGGAGGGAGGGGAGAGGGGAGAGGGCAGGUGCAAUUCGUCCGUCCCAUGGCGAUUUACCAGGUCAGGUUCGGUCUCGUCAUCGAUGUCCUGCAGCUGAACACACACACAGGCGCGCGCGCGAUACACAUGCAUGAAUACCCUCAUAUUCUUUGGCCGACUUGUUGGAUGAGUAUGGGGAUGCAUCGCGCCACGAGCAGCUUCCGGCCGGCAGCCUGCUUGAACAGCGAGGGAUGUUUCGACAGCACACACGCCAGCGCCGUGGUGAGGUGCUCGCCAUGCCGGCAGCGCUUCUCGAGGCCCGUCAGGAAAUCAAACACAGCUGCAACGAACGGACGCACACUGCAGGAUACGUGUAAGGGAAGGAGCGGUGUGUAUGUUGGCCGACCUUUGUAGGACACGUCUGCGAGGCAAAGGGAUGCGAUGAUGGUGGCCGCGCGGGAGCCGUCGAGGAUAGAGUUGGUCAGGGGCAGCAGUUGCUGGACAAGGCCGACCUUCUGCGCCACACUGAACGCUGUGGGCAAUCCGACACUGACCAACACGACCCCCCCCCCCGCCCCCCCACACAAAGGACACUGAUGCAGGCGACCGAUCCCUGCCUGUGCACAUACGCGGGUACAGCUGUGCAGCAUGCUUUGAUGGCGGCCACUCCCAUUUGGGAGUCCACGCCCACAACCGACAACACACGCACACACGAACUGCACACACCGACACCAACAUAAUGACCAACGGAGAACCAUCCUGUUGUCACGAUACGUCGCCUGCAUGCCUCGCCCACCUGACGCAGAGCGCCACGGCGGCCUCUCUCUCGUUGGGCACGAACCGCUCUGCCGCGAGUGCGAGGGAAGUGGACGUGAUGGUUGAGAUUGCCUUGAGGCAGUCCAGCAGUGCGCUUGGCGCGUUGGUGCCGUCGUCACCCUCCAUGAGGUCGUCGUCGGCUGGCCGCUUCUUGCCCCUGCCCUUGGCCUUGGCCUUGGCGGCGCCGCCCUUCUUCUUGCCUAGUGCAUUGGAUGCAGACACGGCACCAUCUGCGGAGGAGAGGGCCGCAAGGAACACUGAAUUGCGUCAUUUGUCUGUGGCUUGUCGUGCUGCUCACCGCUGCAUCUCUUGAGGGCCUCGUCGAGCAGCACCAACACACAAAACAACAGCUGCAUCACACACACACGAAGGAGGAAACCAAGCUUGAGGUUCUGACUGUCUUGGAAGACACGAAUCGAAGCUCAGCCACAUAGAUGACGGCGGGCUGUUCGGUCUCCCGACACAUUGCACUGCAGCCGCCUUCGGUGAACCGACACACACGAUGAGCCAACUGCAGCAUAAAACACAGAAACGGCGAAUCCCUUGUCAUAGCCUGCUGGAGUCAUGAGGCGGGGACUUGCCUCGUAGAUGCCGUCCAUUCCCUCCUCCUCGCACCGCCUCACGAUCAGCACAUGUAGGGCAGCGAAGUCGGCGGCGCUCUUCUCCUUGCCGCUCCUGUUGCCCAUGGCCGUCGUCACGUGAUGGUUCAGCGCCGUCAGAUCUUUGCUCAUGAGGCUGGCGUGGGUUGAGGGGGAGAUCCAUUCUGGCGAAAGGCUGAGGUCACUGAAGAUGACCACGCGCUCGCCCGGCUGCUCGCCCUCCAUUUUUGUCGGGG